AUGAAGGCCUUAAUCUUCCUCGCUCUCCUGGAAACUGCUGUUGCUUUCACCACUGAUGAUGAUGACAAGAUUGUUGGGGGCUACACCUGUCAGAAGAAUUCCCUCCCCUACCAGGUGUCCCUGAACUCAGGGGGCAAUCACUUCUGUGGUGGCGUCCUCAUCACUGACCAGUGGGUGGUGUCCGCAGCUCACUGCUACAAGCCCCAAAUCCAGGUGCGUCUGGGAGAACACAAUAUCGCGGUCCUUGAGGGCAAAGAGCAGUUCAUUAACUCGGCCAAGGUCAUCCCCCACCCCAAGUACAACUUAGCCGCCAUCGAUAAUGACAUCAUGCUGAUUAAACUGAGCUCCCCUGCUACCAUCAACUCUCAAGUGUCCACAGUCUCUCUGCCAACGUCCUGCGCUGCUGCCCACUCCCAGUGCCUCAUCUCUGGCUGGGGCAAUACUGAAAGCAGUGGAUCCAACUACCCAGACCUCUUGCAGUGUCUGAACGCCCCCAUCCUCUCUGACAGUGUCUGCCGCAGUGCCUACCCAGGCAAGAUCACCAGCAACAUGAUUUGUCUGGGCUUCCUGGAGGGUGGCAAGGACUCUUGCCAGGAGGACUCUGGUGGCCCUGUGGUCUGCAACGGAGAGCUUCAGGGCAUUGUCUCCUGGGGCAAUGGCUGUGCUCUGAAAGGCAAACCCGGUGUCUACACCAAGGUCUACAACUAUGUGAGCUGGAUUCAGCAGACAAUCGCUGCCAACUAGGCACCUCCCCGGCCCACCUGUACAUCUCCAUGAUCUAUCCCCCAGUAGUCAACUGAUCUUCCUCCCAUGCCUGAAAACAAUAUCUAAAUAAAGCAUUCCAUCAUGCACCACAUAUCAGUCUAAGAGUUGUCCUUGCUUGAUGUUAUGAAUGUUCUCUUGAGAUGGCUGGUAAAUAAGAAGGUGCACAUAGAAUUUAAAAAUUAUAUUAAGAGAGAAUUUGAAGAUUAUUUAGUCAUUCAUUCAGUCAAAUAAAUAAAAAUUUAU